AUGCGGGUCGGUCAGGAGGGUCCGGGUAUCCGUCAACGCAAGUCCGUCUUGGUUCGUCAAGGUCAUCAACAGAGAGGUGCACGGUCUGGAGCGUGUGCUUGCUUAUCUGGACAUGUCAUCUGUUUCGAUGAGGAACCUCUGGGACACGUGCUGAACUUGAUCGAGUUCUUCAAACGACUGCGACAGUACAACCUCAAACUGUCUCCAGGGAAAGCUCGCGUCGGCGCCACGCACGCCAACUUUCUCGAUCACACCAUCUCUCCGGCAGGUGUUAGCCCUGAUGGCGUCAAGGUUAGGGCGCUCACGCACAUGCCGCCGCCGACGAAUGUUAAGCAGCUUCGGAGCCUUCUCGACAGACUCAGUUACUACCGGAAAUUCCUCAAGAAUCUCGCCACCAAGGUGCGGCCUCUCAACUCCCUUCUCAAACAAGGCGUCCCCUUCCAGUAUACCCCGGGCAUGGUCAAGGUUGUCAAAACGUUGUUAGGCGAACUCGCUCGCCCCCCCAUUUUGGUCUUCCCGGACUGGACAGCGAUCGAGGACAACAGCCGUCCUCUUCGUUUGUGUUCCGACGCGUGUAUCGACGGUUUUGGCGCCUCCUUGGAACAAGAACAGCUCGAUGGCUCGGUGAGACCCAUCGUGUACAUCAGCCGCGCUACUCUUCCUGCGGAGCGUAACUGGACCGUUUUGGAUCUGGAGGCUGGUGGCAUUGUUUGGGCCAUCAAACGCCUUCGCGGUUAUCUGUGGUCGACCAAGUCCAUCAUCUAUUCGGACCACAAAGCAUUGGAGAGCAUUGGCAAGGUUGGGGAACACAACGCUAGGGUGCAACGAUGGCUGGAAUUCCUGUCCAACUUCACCUACACCCUGAAAUAUCGGAAAGGUUCGGCAAACGGCAACGCGGAUUUUCUUUCGCGGUUGCCUUUACCAGCACAAGACACGGACAAAACCGGCCCCGACUGCAUUGAUGGUGUCGAUCAAGCGGGUGUUUUCCUCAUUUGGGCUUGCGGGCGCAACUAUCACUCGUCGUCUACACCGGAGGUCCCGCUCGACAAACAAAACCACCCGGACCGCCGCGCGUCCGCUGCCGCCAUCCGCAACGCCGGCAUCGGCGUUUUCGUCGUCUCUUGCGCCACCGGUGUCUUCCCUGUCAGCGGCGCGCCCUGCAUCCCCGACUUCGCCUUCUCCACAGGUUUCGCCUGGGACUUCGCCAUUCACGAUGUCCCCUUCGCGGACAUCACCACGGACUGCGGCUGCCCCAGUCGCUGA